AUGUUAUCGGCUCCACUUGAAGCCGACUCCAGCCGCGGCUUGAUACAGAGCCACUAUCAAGUCAAGCCUUUAAAAUCAUGGCUUGAAUCAGAGAAUUAUACUGCAAUAAAUCAAGCUAAUCUAAUAAUUAAAAUUUUAAAAGAAAUGAAUAUAGUCAUUUCUGAAUUUAAAAAUGAUAACUUACAACACUUUUAUUAUGAAGCUCAUAUCUUGAAUCUUAGUGUAAAAGAAGGGAUUAAGAAUGUUAGCAAUGAAAUUCACAAAAUGUCAAUAAUUUCAGAUCUUCUUGACCCACAUACCAAACUUGAAAUCUACGAAUUAGAAGAUCAUAAAAUAGCAAUUAGUACACUUUAUCAAAUAUUUGAAAAAUAUAAAUCAGAUAAAAAUAAUUCAUCAUUACCACCAACUAAAAUAACUAUCAAUAAAUUGGCUUAA